CACGCGCGGCUGCUAAAGGUCGGGGGUCGCCGGAAGAGUUGCGACGUGGCUGGGCUCCAAGCGACGGGUGGUGAACGGACGCCGGCGGGGUUGCUUGUGGACGGAGGUUCAGCGACUGCUCCAACUCACGGAGGCACUGCUCAAGGAGGGCCACUGUUGUUGAAGGUCGCCGACGAGAAUUUCUCGACUGGUUCGUCGGCGGUUCUGUUCGCGAAUGAACGAGAAUUGCUUGCCGGGUCCGAAAGGGCUGCCGCUGCUGUUCGGGCCCUAACCGAAGGCCGACGGGGUGCCGGUACUACGCUCCAAGGUCGCCGGGCUGAGAACGGCUUAUUGCUAGCCACGCGCGGCUGCCAAAGGUCGGGGGUCACCGGAAGAGUUGCGACGUGGCUGGGCUCCAAGCGACGGGUGGUGAACGGACGCCGGCGGGGCUGCUCAUCACCGUUGCUCACUGACCGUCGUGAACGAACAGAAGGAGGGCCACUGCUGUUGAAGGUCGCCGACGAGAAUUUCUCGACUGGUUCGUCGGCGGUUCUGUUCGCGAAUGAACGAGAAUUGCUUGCCGGUGAGGAGGGAUUUCCGAGAGGAAGUCGUGGGAGGGAGGCGAUUGCGAGCCUGAGAAAGUCGAGAAUUGGGAUUUCUGUCUCGAUC